GCCAUGGCGUCCGGGGGUUCCGCCCGCGCCGCCGAGGAGCCGCCGCCGCCCGAGCCCCCCGCCGAGCAGAAGCCGCCGCCGCUGCCGCCCGCGCAGGAGGAGUUCUCCUUCCUGCCCCUCGUCCACGACAUCAUCAAAUGCAUGGACAAGGACAGCCAGGAUGUUCACCAGGUACUGAAUGAGCUCAAGAACAAGUUCCAGGAGAUGAGGAAGCUGAUCAGCUCCAUGCCUGGCAUUGGUGUGAGCCCAGAGCAGCAGCAGCAGCAGCUGCAGAACCUGCGGGAGCAGGUCAGGACCAAAAACGAGCUGCUACAGAAGUACAAGAGCCUUUGCAUGUUCGAAAUCCCCAAGGAGUAGGAUGGGCACAGCUCCAGUCCUGGGGUCUGAGAUACCUCCUCUCCGGGCUGAACAGGGUGGCAGGAGUUUACUUUUCUUUCCUUGUGGUUUUCUGGUUACACUGCUGUGGAAUUGUGCCUGUGUGGGCCAUUGAACCACAGGUGAGUGACACUGAACAGAACACCGAGUGCCUCACCUGAGGUGAUUGCAGCGGCUGGUUCCCUUUGAUCUGCUGCAGGACUGUGCAUUUAUGUAUCCACCUCCUGUUUCCUCUUGGGGGUGGGGUUCUUCUUUUUUAUGUUCAAACCAGAAGGAGACAUUAUGUUUUCUCCUCGCUAAGGGUCAAAGUACCUGCUGGUUAAUUUCAAGAAGAGAAUGGUGGCAUUUUCUGCACUAUUUUUUACUUAAAAAAUGGCCAAACAUCAAAAGGGAACAUAAGAAGGAAGCGUGAGCUGCUUGGCCCUGCUCCUGGAAAGUGACUCUGGAACACUUUCCAUUUUCUGUGUGUUGAAAGAGGAGUGAUUACUUUCAAUUACUUCUGUAUCUCUCUUUCUAAACAAUUGAUGGUUGUGUUUGAGAUGAGUCAAAUAAAGAUUCAUGAAUUCCAAA